AUGAGGGGGGCUAGGCCCUGGUGCCUGCUCUUGGCCGCGGCCUGCGCCCUGAGCCGGCCCCCGCCGCCGCCACGGGCCGCGGUGCGCUGCUCGCCCGCCGGCACCUGCUUCAGUGCCCACCUCGACAACGCCUCCUACCCUGCGGCCAGCGGCGCCUGCGGCCAGCGGCAGGGCGGCCUCGCCUGGGUCAGCGGCGAGCCGGAGCUGCGCCUGCUGCUGGGGCUGUUGGCAGAGGCGGCGGCGCCCACGCUGCUCUGGGUCGGGCUGAAGAGGAACGCCUCCGUCUGUACCCACGCGGAGCAUCCGCUCCGCGGCUUCGCCUGGGAGGGCGUCGGAGGCGGUACGGCCCCGCAGGACGUGCCGGAGGCGCUCGGCCGCUGGGUGAAGGAGCCCGUGCGGUCUUGCCUCACUGCACGCUGCGCUGGGCUGCACCUGGCGGCAGUCCCCGAGAGCAACCCCAGCUGGGGCUGGGAGGAGCGGGUCUGCCAUCGGGAGAGCCCAGGCUACGUCUGCAAGUACCACUACGAGGGCGCCUGCCCCGACCUCAGCCCUGCGGGCGCUCUUGACCUUGACUACCGCCUCCCGUUCGAGGAGGGGAGCCCCGGCCCCGGCUUCAGCCCGCCGGGCACUGUGCUGACCGUGACGUGCCCCGGCGGGGAGGUGCAGCUCACGUGCCAAUCCGAUCCGGGCGGUUUCGCCUGGAAGGUGGCAGAGGAGCCCCUCUGCCCCUGCCCCUUGGGCCGCCGGAGCCCCGGCAGCGGGCGGUGCGCCGAGGCCGCCGGGUGCCGCGAUGCCGCCGGCGGCUUCGCCUGUGCCUGCACCCCGGGCGGGCGGGACGGGACUCUCUGCCCGGGCACGGGGGCGGCCCCCACUGCCGCAGGCGGCCCCGCGGAGUCUCCGGGUGCCGGAGCGGAGGGGUGGCCUCCCUUCAUCCCGACACACGGUAGUUCCGCGGGGCUGCCUGCCGCUACCACCGCGGUCGCCGGCGGACAGAAGACGGCUGCUCCGCUGCCCUCCUCCUCCAACUACGUUUUCGUCCUGGUGACGGUCGCGGUGGUGGUGCUGGUCAUCAUGGUCAUGACCGUCCUGGGGGUGUUCAACAUCUGCUUCAACAAGAAAUGCGAGGGCCGUGGGGACAAGGAGUCGCCCGAAGCUGGCAGCAAGGCGGAGGCGGGUUCCGCGGAGCCGAGCGGAGCAGCGGGCGGUGACUAGUCCCAGGCGGCCGGGGCCGCGUCCCUCGGGGCUGCCCCGAGCGGCAGCUCCCGCUCCGGGCCAGCGCUCGUCUGCACGCGUCUCUCCUGCCGCGGGGAGCCGAGGGAGAGGUGCCAUGGGACUUGGCUGGGCAGGACUUGCAGAUUGUCAGACGCGGGGGCACUUUUUGAGGGGUUUGAAGCUUUUGGACAGUCAAGAGUUUUUGUCGGUCCGAAAAACAGUUAUUUAGGUGCUGACAUAAGUAAAAUAUAAAUACAUCAUCCUGGCCGACAGAGUGAUUGCUGCUGCAACAGUUGUGGGGUUUUAUCCUCUCAAACCCUCUUCGUUGAGUGCCUUACGUAGAGCAAGCAUAAAGGGUACCACUUUGAGCACUUGCAUCUUGUAAUUUAGAAGUCACUCCUUGCCUGAGUGGUACUUGGAGGCUAUAAUUUUCUUUCUAAUUGCUGAAACGUUUGCAAAGGUGAACUGCCAUAAUUUUGGAUGAAACUGUGACCCAUACUCUUUCAUACUUGCAUUCUUAAAAAUGAGAGAGCAUUUCUAUACUUAGAAGAUUAUUAAAUUGCUGAGGAAGUGGGAGGUUAAUGAGGAGUCAAUUUCAUAAUUCAGCUAAUGAAAAGCAUAAAGGAUGAUGUAAAAGCUAAAUCACUGCUCUGUUUUUUACUCCAUACAAUAUGACUUUUUAUUGUAGCAGAGGACAAAGUUUUUCUCCUAAGGUGUGUUGGCGCAAAAUUUGCUUUCUGUGUGCAUUAUGUUGCUCCCUUACAAUCAGACAAGGUGCUGACACACCACACUGUGAGAGGAAUUAACGUGAGUCUAAAUGCAUCAUGCAAAUCUCAUUCUUUUUAGUCAGAUAUAUUAUUUUCCAUGGUGUCCCUUGAGAGUAAGGAAAGAAAUAUUCACCAUUUGUGCCCCUUGCUAAAUGAGGUAAACACUUCCUCUGUGAUUUCCCUUGGGAAUUCCUGUAGAGGAGCUUUCAUCCUGACCACAGAACUUGCUUUCUUUGCAGUUCAGAGUGCUGAUGCUCACUCCUUAUUGUUAUGGUGUUGUUUUUCAAUUAAAGUGGUAAUGCUAAAUAUUGAUUCAAGGUUUUCUGAGUGCAGUAAGACACAACUAACUGGAUCCAUCCAAGUCUUUUGGUGUGCAGGGAGGGUAGGGAAAUUAUUGAUUCAUAACCGUGAUUCAGUGGUCUGCAAGGCAGAUUCAGUGCAGGGUUUGCUGUUUACAUCCAUAGGAGGAGAAUAACUAAGGUCAUAAUGAGUACAGAUAAUCAUAACAAGGACUGAGAUAAUAAAAGUGUCUGGUUAUGAAAUUGGAUGCAACUUUCUUUUAAUUCCUUACUGUAAUGCCACAAUCAAAUGUAAAUAUUUUUCCAAAACGUACCAGAGAUGGAGAUAAAUCUUGACCUUUUCCCUUAUAUUACAUACAUGUCCUUUGACUCAGCAUAUUAUAUUGCAACUGUUUUUCUAGUAUAGGAAAAACAUUAUGUCACCCCAUAUUAAAGCCAUAUAAAUCACAUAGAAACUUUGUAUCUGUGAGUUUUAGAAUGAAUACGUUUUUAUGGAGGAUUUAGAAUAAUUUAGUCAUUUCAAUUCUAGUGAUGAGGUGGAAUUUUUUAAAAAUUGUUAAUUCCCUGGUGUAACGCAUAGUGUUGUAGACUAGUAGACUGGAUGUAAUAACACCAUGGUAAUGAAAUGGUGAGUGCAAGAAUCUGUGAGUCCACAUUUUAAAAUAGUAGUUUCUGCAAAGAAUAGGAAUGUCCACAACUCUUGUCUAUUGCAGUUACCUGAAAAGUGUCCCAUGUUGCCAAUUAUUAAAUCUAAUUUUUAGAUUUCCUUAAUUCCUCCAAAGAUAGUUUGACUGGUAGACACAUCAUUUGUCAGCUGCACAUUUUAUUUAUGAACAUGUGAUGAAUUUUUAAUGGUUUGUAUUCAUCAAAUACAAAUAUGUUGUAUUCAUCAAAUAAACAGAAAUAAAAUUUUAAUUUCCUCACAUUUUUUAAAAUAUUAUUUUAUACUACUGAGGGCUUAAUUAAAUGUGCUGCGGGAUUAAAGUGAAAUCUGAAAGUGGACAUGGA